AUGUCCGCUCUCUCACUCACAGGACGCACAGCCUUCAUCACGGGCGGGUCUCGCGGUAUCGGUCUCGAGAUCGGCAAAUCUCUCGCUUCCCGUGGCGCAAACGUAAUCAUCGCAGCGAAAACGGCAACCCCUCACGCAAAGCUCCCCGGAACCAUCUUUACUGCUUGCGAUGAAAUCUCUGCCUCUGCCCAAUCCUCCGGCUCCAACGGCGUUGCUCACCCAAUCCAGCUUGACAUCCGAGAUGCCACUGCUGUUGAGAGCGCGAUUAAGGAUGCAGCGUCCAAAUUCGGAGGCUUGGACAUCGUCAUCAACAAUGCUUCAGCUAUUAGUAUGGCUCCCACCCACAAAGCUAGUGUCAAGAGCUACGAUCUUAUGAAUGGAAUCAACGCCAGAGGUAGUUGGUUGGUUAGUCGUUUCGCACUGCCCCAUCUAUUGGAGAGUGCAGGGAAAGGCAAGAAUCCGCACAUCCUCAGUUUGUCGCCUCCGUUGAACUUCAACACCCUCUCUACUACUCCCGGUCCGAAAUGUCCGCCAAGCAUCUUUCCGCAUCAGAUCGCACAAACAGGCUCGGCCUAUACGAUUGCAAAAUUCGGAAUGUCACUCCUAACCCUCGGUCUCUCAGCCGAAACCCUCGGCCGCAUCGGAGUAAACUCUCUUUGGCCUUACACGCUAAUCGCAACCUCCGCCAUGAAGAUCGUCAGUAAGGAUGCUGAUGUGGAGGAAAGAAGAUGGAGAAAGCCAUCAAUCCUAGCCGAGGCAGCAGUACGUGUCGUUGGAGAGAGCGCGGAGAGCUUUACAGGGCAAUUUCUAGUAGAUGAGUUGUAUCUCAGAGAAAAAGGGUUGACUUUGGCUGAUAUCAAACGCUUUAAUGUGUACGAAGCGACGGAGAUGGAUGAUCUGGCGCAAGACUUGUAUAUUUCGCACGAGUUGAGGGAUGCUGUCAAGGCCUCUCGAAAGCAGUCAUAG